AUGAAAGAAAAUUAUCGUUCGAGACGAGAACGUUUACCUCGUCGAAAACAUCAAUUAACUAAAUCUACAAUCAGUGACGAUGAUGAUGAUGAUUCGGAAUUCGAACAUCAAACAUUUCAACAAAAAGCACUUGUACGAAGUAAUAAAAAUACUAAUCGAAUGUCUACUACUGUAUUCAAUCCAAUUUCAAUUGUACCAGUUGAAGAAAAACAACAUCAUCAUCAUCAAACAUUACAUAUAUCAUCAGAUCAAUCGUCUUUAUUUCUUUAUUCUAUUAACAGUAUACAAAAACAAACUGCUAUUUCCGAUGACCUUACACCAUUGACAGUCACAACAACAAAUACAACUCCACUUACAGCGUUGACUUGUAGUAAUACAAAGCAAAUAGAAACAGUUAAAAUUGAUUUAACUGAAUUAAGUAGUACAGAUACAUUUAAUAGUUCUUCGAUAAAUAGUAAUCAUGAUCAAUCAUUAUCACUUAAUCGAAAAAUAUCAUUACCAAAUUUAAAUAAUAAAAUGAAAAAUUUCAAAGAUUUAACUCAAGCAUAUGAUACAGAUACAAGUAUGAGAUCUAUUACAUUUUCAAAGAAUAUUUCAUUAGAAGAAGAAUUAUCAUAUCAAAAACAUGCAUCAUGUUUUACUAUUCCUAAUAUAGAAAAUCGAGAUAUGAUAACAGUAACAUCAUCAUCAAGAAUGCAAGAUAUAUCAUUACCAACAACUAUCAAUACUAAUCUAAAUAUCUGUCAACAUACAUUUGUUAAAUGGAAUCCAUCUCGAUGGAAUUUACAAAAUAUGACAAGUAAAUUUAAACUUAUGAUUGGUUGUUCAUCUUUAAGUUUAAUUGCUGGAAUCAUAAUACUUGUCAUCAUUUUAUAA